AUGGCUGACCUUACUGCUCCUCCGGUCAAUGGGAUUGUUGCCAAUGGCGAAACCUCCGCGCCGGCGAUGCGCGGUGCUAGCGACCGCUUCGAGCUCAUCUCCGGCCCCCUAAUCAACCUCAAGAACAUGCACUAUCAGCCCUCCCCAGUUUGGCAAGGCAGUGUAUUGAUCGUGACGAAACCUGGCCAGGACCAGCCCCAGCUCCACCUGCGUCAGCUCGGCCCCGUUGCAUCCCACGGACAACCUCCGCAAUCUCCGACAGACCAAACAAUCCAAGGCUUGAAGCUCUACGAGGAUCCACAGAAGGCAUUCUGGCGCUUCUCUCUGGCCGUGCCCGUCGAGUCCUACGAGGCGCGUUGGCAGUACGAUAUCCCGGGUCUGUACAAUGAAUCGGCAGAGCCAGUCAAGGCGCCUUGGAAUUUUGUCGUUCCUGCGGAGGAUCAGUCCAUGCGCAUCAUGUUCCAUUCUUGCAACGGCUUCUCCGUCGGUACGGACAUGGACGCUUGGGUGGGCCCUAAUCUGUGGAACGACGUCCUGCGCGUCCACGGCGAGAGACCCUUCCACGUGAUGGUCGGUGGUGGUGACCAGAUCUACAACGACGGGAUUCGCGUGGAUGGGCCUUUGAAGGCGUGGACCGCCAUUGCCAACCCUCACAAGCGCCGUACCCAUGCCUUUGAUAACAAGAUGCGUGUUGAUUGCGAUGAUUAUUACUACGCCAACUAUGUGCGCUGGUAUAACACCGAGCCUUUCCGCUCUGCGAACGGGCGUAUCCCGCAGGUCAACAUUUGGGAUGACCACGAUAUCAUUGACGGCUUUGGCUCCUACACAGAUCACUUCAUGAAGUGCGCUGUGUUCCGCGGUAUUGGCGGUGUCGCGUUCAAGUAUUAUUGUCUGUUCCAGCACCACAUCGCCCCACCCAAGUCGACCUUCACCACGGAUGCGCCUGAGACUAUGCACGCGGUGAACGGUACCUCUGGCGUGGACCCGCGCCAAGUCGAGAACACUUACGUCCUUGAGAACCAGCCCAAGGAUGACAGCUGGAUCAUCGGCAAGCGACCUGGUCCGUACGUUGAGGAGUGUAGUCGCAGUCUGUACAUGCGCUUCGGCAAGCGCAUUGGAUUUGUUGGUCUGGAUGCUCGCACUGAGCGCACUCGACACCAGGUCAAUUACCCUGAGACCUAUGACCAAAUUUUCCAGCGGCUACAGCAAGAGAUUGAGGCCGCUAAUGGCGACCUCAAGCAUCUUGUCGUGCUUCUCGGCGUGCCCAUUGCCUACCCGCGUCUUGCCUGGCUAGAAAACAUCCUCACUUCGCCCAUAAUUGCGCCCAUCCGGCUGCUGAACAAGCGCUUCGGCGUAGCGGGUGGUUUCUUCAACGAGUUUGACGGGCAGGUCGAUCUACUGGACGAUCUGGAUGAUCACUACACGGCGCGUCAGCACAAGCGCGAGCGUAAGAUGCUCAUUCAGAGACUGCAGGAGCUCGCGCGCGCCAAUUCCAUCCGCGUGACUAUUCUCGGCGGCGACGUGCAUCUUGCGGCGGUCGGCCGCUUCUACUCACACCCGAAGCUGAACCUUGCCGGCGAGAACGACCACCGCUUCAUCGUCAAUGUCGUCAGUUCCGCCAUUACGAACAAGCCCCCACCCAAGGCUGUUGCGAACCUUCUAGCCCGCCGCAACAAGAUCCAUCACCUCGACCGCGAGUGCGAUGAGACGCUGAUGCCGUUCUUUGACAAGCAGCCCGGUGGCGUGGAGAAGAGCGCAACUUGGAAUAAGGUGACCAUGCCGUCGCGUAACUUUGCCACGUUAACCGAGGUCGUGGCGCCCAUUACGAAUGGCGAUGGCGUCCAGCCGGUGACUGCCAAGCUCGACCGUCUGCCCAAGGACGGCCAUGCUCCUUUGCACAAGGGCGAGGUUGAGGCUGGCUCGACGCACAUUGCGGCGGAUGGAUUCAGCGCACACAGUGGCAUGUACGGUGGAUUGGACGUAUCUAUUCGAGUGGAGAUUGAUCCCCAUGAUCGAAAGGGGACGACGGAGGGAUAUGGAUUUAGCAUUCCCCCACUGUUGGCUACCGAAGGACCGCCCGCCUCAUCGCGUCUGAGCAUCCGCUCGCGCAUUUCUCGACAGAAUUCGCGCCAGGAACAGGAACAGCCCGGACGACCUUCGACUGCGCUAUAA